UCUAUGGUUGUGUAAAACAAAAAUGGAUGCUUCAAGUGCUGAAGCCGGCGCUAAAAAUCACUUGAAAGAUGUUUUAUCAGAAACAGAAUUUGCUAAUUUACCUAAUCCCGUAGUGGAGAAGAUUAAUGUGUAUAUCGACAAAAAAUUUGAAGACUACCUGACAUCCAAGGCUCUCCAUGAAACCAGCAAAUCUCAAAUAGACGAUAAAAUCAACACCUUAGAAACAACAAUACUUGAACUAACUGCAAAAUAUGAUGAUGCUGCCAAGAAGUUACAGGGAUCAGAUGAAACAAUAACAGAACUGAGUAGGCAGGUUGAAAACCUGAAUUUGGAACUUGAAAAGGCCCGUGAAAAAAUAAGCCGUCUUGAAAAUGAGGCUAUAUCAUUUAAAAGCGCUCGAGAUGCUGCUGUGGACGAAAGAAAUGACUUGACUCGUAUUCUACAAAGGCGCGACGUUGAAAUAGAGAGAUUGACUGCCAACGAAGUUUCAAUUUCCCAACAAUUGCGUGCCGCUAUUGACGCCAAAUGUGAAGCAUUGGCACUGAAUGAUGAAAUUCAAAGUAAAGAACUUUCCCUACAAUAUCGCGAAAAAAGGAUUGAACAAGAAAGAGUAUUAUUGAAUUCGCAAAUUUCUGGCCUCACAGAAGAGGUCAAUAGACUUACAUCUGAGCUACAAACUAUGCGACUUAAUAAUACAAGUCGUUUGGUUAAUUUAGAAACACAGUUAGCUGAGAAAGUUGAGGAAUUGAAUGUUGCCAAUGAAACUAUUUCUCAACUCAAUGAAGUGAAGAAAAAUCUAAAUAAUCGCGCUGAAAGUCUUACGCAACGUUUAAUGGAACAAAGAGAAAUUGAAAACAAAAUGACUGAGAACUAUAAAAAAGAACUGGAUGCCAAAUCUAAACUUGCGGAUUUAUUCAAAACUAUGCAUGAUGAUGCUGAAGCAAAGACCUUGGAAUUGACUGAGGGAAUAUCUGAACUGCAAAGAUUAUUAAAUGAAGCAACUGAAAAAUAUGGUGAACUUGAAACUAAAUAUAAACAAGCAGAGUUAGACCACGAAGAAUUGAUGGAAAAGAAAAACGAAGUAAUCGCAUCAUUGAAAAAUGAACUAGAACACGCGAAUGAUUUACUAAAAGCUGCCAAUGCUCAAAAUCUAGAUAUGGCUUUAAGCGAUUUAGCACCAUCAGCAGCAACUGCCAGUAAACUUUUAAAAUCUGGGAUGUCAUUGACUCAGAUCUAUUCACAGCUAGUUAAAGUGACUGAUGAGUUAGCUCAAGAAAAAGAGGAAAACAGACGGCUAAAUAUAACAAUUAAUACCAUUGUACAAGAGUUGGAAGAGAAAGCACCACUCUUGCAGAAACAAAAAGCUGAUUAUGAAGAAGCUGUAGAAAGCAACACAGCUCUCACUCAACAAAUAGAUUCACUCUUGAUUGAAUGCAAUAGACUGAGGGAUGAUUACGCCGAGACCUCGAAAAUAGCUAACCAUUAUAGCCGAGAAAAUGCGAAAUUAAAGGGAGAAUUAGCUGAUUUAGGAAGGCAAGUUUGCUUCUUACUAAAAGAAAUUGAGCAUAGUCGUGGAGGACUUUUACCGAAUGGUGAUCAUGAUGCUCAUACUACUUCAAAUACUACCAAUUCUUCAGACAUGAGUUCGUCUCGUAUCAUUUCUAAAGCUUUAGUAACAUUUAGUGAUAUUCAGGAACUUCAGUCCAACAACCAAAAGCUCUUAAGAAUGGUUCGGGAGUUAACAGAGAAACAGGAAGAGUUUGAACGCCACAAAGAGCAGUUUGAGAGUGGAGAAUUGCAAAGUAAAAUAGAAGCUUUGAAGAAUCGUGUUACUGAAUUAACUGAAGCCCAAGAUAGACAAACCAAAAUGGUUAAUGGCUUGAUUAGACAAAGAGAUAUGUUCAAAAAAUUGUAUCAUGAUCACAUGAAAGGAAAACGCCAUGAAAUCUCAUCUGUUUUGGAGUCUUCUGAUUUAGAUAAAGGGGAUACAUUCAUGAUGGAAUCAUCACCCGAGAAAACUAAACCUGUUGCCGUCGAUACUUCUGGUUUCGAAAUCAAGUAUAGGGAAACUGAAAAGCACUUGGAAUUGCUCAAAGAAGAGUAUAAAACCUAUAAAGAAGAAAAAGUUACUAAUGAAAGAAUGUUAUUUGAACAGAUUGACAACAUGAGACAGGAGAUAGCUAAACUUACUGCAGCAAACAGUAAGUGCGUUUCUACUUCGGAAUAUAACAAUGAACGUCUGAAAAUCCUGCAAACAAAUAUAACAACAUACAAAAAGCAAAUUACUUCUUUAGAAGAAAAAAAUAAGGCAUAUAAUGCUACUAUUGCAAAACAUGAAGUAUCGUUGCAACACUUGCGAGAUGAAGCUCUGAAUGCUCAAAGUAAACUUGCUGCAGCAGAAAUUCAACUUGAGAAUAUAAAGCUUGAAAGUAAAUUGCUUAAAGACGCUGAAGUGCGUCUACAAACAGAAAAAGAAAUACUGAAUCGUGAAAGACAAGGCCAGUCUUUACUGUUGAAAAACCUAGAAUUGAUUAAAGCUAGUUUGGAGCGUGUUGAGGCUGAAAAUCGCACUAAAUUAGAGUCAAGAUUAGAUGAAGCCACAAGGGAAUGUUCAGCCUUAAGAAGACGACUACAAGAGGAACAAGAUAGAUUUAGGGAACUGGCAUCCCAUUUAGAACGUCAGACCGAAACGGCUAAGUCACGUAUGCAGGAAGAAAAAGAUGCGGCUGAUGUGAUGAGAAAAGAAAUUGCUCAACUUACUCAAGAUUUGAUUGAUAAAAGUAAAUCCAAUGAGGAACUUGUGAAAAAGCUUCAAAUUGCUCUUGCACCAAAUACUGAUGGCUCAUUUGAUACUGUUAAAAAGAUAAAAGAACUUGAAAAUAAGUUAUGUGACAGAGACAAUGAAAUCAAAUCUCUUCAAACUCAAUUAACUACAGCAAAGGAACACAUUAAACAGUAUUGUGAUAUAUCUGAAAGUGCAGAAAAGGAACUCAAGAGUCUUAGUAAUGAAUAUGAGAAAUAUAAGACUGAGACAGAUAUUAAACUAUCCGAUUACGCACAAAAAGUCCAAAAAUUGGAAGACAGGUGUUCAGAAUUAGAAGCUGAAUUAUCGCUUCAUGCUAAUGGUGAUCAUACUGCCAGUAAUACUUCUUUGCGUAAUGAACUGACGCAAGCCCAAGAUGAAUUGAAGUCUGCGCUUGCUAGUUUUGACCAAUGUCGCUCAGAGCUUGAAAGCGCACGGGCUGAAAUUUCGAAACUAUCGGAAGCUGUACAACACGCAGAAGAAAAGUAUACACACGAAAUGAUUUUGCAUUCCUCUGAUAUACAAACACUUACACAAGUAAAGGAAGACCUUUCUAAAGCACAAAAUCAACUUAAUGAGCUGGUAGCGAUGAAAAACAGUGCGUUUGAAAAACUAGAGUCUGAAAAGCUGGCCUGGAAUGAAAGAGAAAAAAUUCUUAUUAGUGAAAAUGAACAAUUAACACAGCGUUUGAAAGAUUUGAAUGAUCAAAAUUCAUUAUUGCAUGAUCAAAUACAGGCUUUAGGUACACAGUUGUCAGUGAGUCACGCGUCAAAAUCGCAUUCAGAGAGCAUGAAUGAAUCCGCAAAUGAGAGUAUCAAUGUGUCAGUGAGUGAAGAAGAUGGAAAAUCAUCGGAACAGCUGUAUCAAAUAGUGAAAUACCUGCGUAAAGAAAAGGAUAUCGCUAUGGCUAAAUUCGAUAUCUUGCAAGCUGAAACGAUGAGACUAAAGUCUCAGCUUGAAAUCACUGAAAAGCAACUAGAUGACACAAAACUGUCAUUAGCUGCUGAGAGAGAAAGAUCAGAGGUUUCCAUGGUCACAGUGAAUAAGCAGUCUGAUAUUUUAAGGAAAGUAGAAACCUUAAAUGCCUUGACAGAUAGCAACAGGAUAUUGAGAGAAGAACGCGAUCAAUUGACAACCAGAGUAGAGGAGCUCUCGGCGACUGUGAAGGAUAUGGAUGAAAAAUUAGCACCAAUGCAGGAGAAAUUGUCUGAUCUCACAUCUAAAAACGAGACACUGCAGUCUGAGAACACUUCAUUGAAAGCUGAUUGCGCCAGAUGGAGAACUAGGGUAAAUGCUUUGGUUGAAAGAGCUAACAAAACUAGUCCUGAAGAUUGGAAACGACUUCAAAAUGAACGGGAGACUUUAGCUAAAAUGCUAACAAACGAAAAAGAAUCUGUCAGAAAACUUAACGAAGAGCUUGGUGCUAUUAAAGUAGAAAAGGUUAAAUUAGAAGAGCAAUAUACAGUGCUUUCACGUCAGCAAGGCAGUUUAGUGGAAGAGAAUAAGAAACUGAAUGAGGAACUGCAGGUCCUCAAAGACGACGUGUCGCGAAUAACCGAAGAACUAACAAAACUUAAAUCGGAACUUGCGUCGUCUGUCGAAUCAAACUCUAAACUAAAUGAAGAACUGACUAGCAAAGAUGCAUCUCUAACCGACAUUAGAAAUAAAGAAAUGCAAAUAAGAAAAAUUGCCAAAAAAUAUAAGGGUCAAUAUGAAGAUUUAGUUAAGACUGUAGAAGAAGAGAAAAAGAAAACUGAAGGAGAAGCUGUAGCUGCUGACACAGCACUCGCUGAAAGUACUAAGAAACUGGAAGAACAACUGAAUGAGCUUCAGUCGCAAUUAGAAACAGAAAAAACCAACAAUGAAAAACUAAAGCAGGAUCUUGAAACUCUCAGAAGCAGCAACUUAGACAAAGAAGAAAAGGCCAAACAAGUAUUAAAACAGGCUAAAAGUAAAAUAGUGCAGCUAACCGAAUUGAAAAAUUCACUGAGCAGGGAAUUAGACGAAUCCCGGAGCAAAGUAGGAACCAUCGAGCAGGUCGCCCAAAGCACGCGAGAUGAGCAAGACGUGCGAUUGGCUCUUAUAAAAUCCCAGUACGAGGGGCGUCUGUCUCGGGUCGAGAAGGAGCGCGGCGAGCUGCAGGAGCGAGUCAACAUGCUGCAGAGGCAGCUGGCCGCCACCCAGGCCUCGGCGUCCAAGCAGCAGGCCACCGCCGAGAAGACUACCACUGACCCACCCACUGCCAACAUUAAACCGAUGGCUGGCGUAGCCCAGCAGAGCGUGACGGCGAGCCGGCGCGGGGGCGAGACGCCGCUGGCGUCCAUCCGGCCCAUGGCGCAGGUGGGCCCCACGGCGCCGCACGACGCCCACAGCACCGAGUACAUGCCCGCGUCCUCCUCGCGCCCGCUGCCGCGCGCCGCGCUCGCCGCCUCCACCGCGCCGCCCGAGUCCACGCAGGAUAUGGAUACAAGCGAAGCUGGCAUGGGCAGCUCGGGUGCAAGCGACAGCAGCACCCAACCUUCAUCCCAUUCCCAAGCCCCACAACAAGCCGUGGCGCUGGUGAUGCCGCGCAUCGAGCAGCCCAGCGGCGCCAGCUCGGCGAGCGCGGCCAGCGUGGCCGUGGCGGCGCCCAGCGUGGCCGUGGCCGCGCCCAGCGCCUCGCCCGCGCCGCCCGCGCAGCCGCUGCCCGGUGCAGGCGUAGCACCGCAGAGUAUGAGCGUCGGCACCGCCGCUCAGAUGUCGGGCGGCGUCAGCACUUCUCACGCGCCGGCUGGCGUCAGCACAUCUCACGCGCCGGCCGGUGUUAGCACGUCGCACGCGCCGCCCGGCGUCAGCACGUCGCAGCCCCCGCCCGGCGUCAGCACGUCGCAGCCGCCCGCGGGCGUCAGCACGUCGCACGCGCCGCCCGACGCGCGCCCCGCCAAGAGGCGGCUGCCGGCCCGCCCCGUCACGGCCAAGAGGACGAGAGUGCAGGGCUUUGAACGGUCUGUAGAAGUGGAGUACCAAGUGCCGACUUCAUCUCGGUGCGACCAGGACGACGAAGGCGUCAUCGUCGUGGAUUCCGAGGAGGACGACGAGCGGUGCACUGGGACCAUGUACAGGGAGGGCGAAGAAGACGAAGAGGACAUGGAGGAAGAACAGGAAGUGGAAGGAGGCGAGGAGGAGGAGGAGGGCGAGGGCGACGACAGUGAGAACGCCGGCCGACAGGAGUCGCCGGCGCAGUCCCCUGAGGCGGGCGAGGAGGGCGAAGAGAGCGAGCCGGGCGAGGGCGGCUCGGGCGCGGCGGGCGAGGCCGACAGCGAGCCCGCGCCCAUCCAGCAGAUCGAGGCCAUCAGCAGCGGCACUGAGCCGAGCGGCGCACUGUCAAUAGGCGGCAACGGAGGCGACGACGGCGACGACAGCAUCGUGCCGUCCACGCCCACGCUCUACGUCCCGAGGAGGACCGACGGGUUCGGCGAGGCAGUGGUGUCGCCGGUGGGCGCGGGCGGCGGCGCGGGCGCGCGCUUCACGUUCGGCGAGGCGGGCGCGGCGUCGCACCACGACACGCACGCCGACCUGGCCGCCGCGCUGCCGCCCGCGCACGCGUCCGUGCCGCACCCGCCCGAGUCCAGAGCCGAAGGUGGAGAAGGCCGAGACUGGGAAGAGUCCCGCGGUGAAGAGGAAACUACAGCAGUCAGUUCGCAAGGAAGCGAACCAUCCUCGCCUCAUCAGAUAGCGGAGGAGGGCCGCGAGGCGGAGGCCAGCGCGCCCGCGCCCGCCGCCGCGCCGCGCCGCGCGCCGCAGCACUCGCCGCACGCGCCGCACACGCGCUGGAUGCGCGCCGCAGACAGCGAAAGCGGCGUUCGAGGCCGUGGGAUGCGUUCUAGAGGCCGACCUUCACGAAGAUCACACAAUUACAUGAGGUUUUAGAUUUAACUUUGUAUGACAAACAAUAUUAUUUUCCUAUUAAUAUAUCGAGAAUACAUUUUGAUGAUUCGUAAUAAAAGUAUGAUUGCUUCUAAUCCAGAUGGACAUAAUUUUGUGGUAUUAGGAGAUUGAAAAACUACUGUAUUUAGUUUAUGUGUAAGCAUUUAAAGUCUUUAAAAUUUAAAGCAUUUAAAUCAUUCAUUUAACAGUCCUAAAUAAACACAUAACUACUAAUUUAUUCAAUUACAUAAUAUGUUUGUUUAUGUUAAGGAAUUGGUUAAUAAAGCAACAUUUUACUACUUGUUUAUGGUGACCAACCAAUAUUAUUUUUAUAUUUCGAAUAAACAAUUUUGUAACUUCAGGAAUGAAACAAAUUUUAGUUAAUUAUCUAUUUCUAUAGUCUUACUAUUGUAAUUUUCAAAUAUUUCUAAUCCAAAGCGUUUAGUGCCAAAUUAUGUUCAUUUAGACAUUUAAAAUAAUACUUCAACAUUUAAUAAUGUAUGUAUCAAAUAAAACUAUUGAAUAUCUCUUUAUGACAAAGCUACUAUUCAUUUACAGCCCGGUCGGUAAAGUAAUAGGUGUGUCGCUUAGUUGGAUAGAUCUUUUUUGUGAUUGUCAAUAUAAUUAAUCGAAUAAUUUUGGAUUAUACUUUGUGAAAGGUCAAGUGAGGCGAAUUGUUCGCCGUAUACGGCUAUUAAAUCUACUUUAAAAAAUACGAUAUUUUCCCUUGUGUAUCGAAAUACGUAUUUUUUGCACCAGGCUGUAUUUUCAUGUAGUCUUAAUAUUAUGUUAGUAACUUAAGUAAAUUGUUUAAUAAAAAAUGCAUCAGGAAGUAGUAUUUAAGUAAAACAUUUCCAUUUAAUAAUUACAUUUAUGUAGGAUACAAUAAAAAUCCUUAGAAACGAA